UUAAUCAAAUUCAUUUUGUCUCUCACAGCAACGCUCUCCUGGUAAAGUGCUGUUUGACCUCGUCUUAGCACAUCUCAACCUGACAGAGGGGGACUAUUUUGGACUGGAGUACCAGGACCAGAGGAAGAUGACGGUGUGGUUGGAUCUCCUGAAACCGGCGCUGAAGCAGAUCAGAAGGCCUAAAAACACCAUCCUUCGUUUUGUGGUGAAGUUCUUCCCUCCUGACCACACACAGUUCAUAGAGGAGCUGACUCGGUAUCUGUUUGCCCUGCAGAUUAAGCGUGACCUAGCCUGUGGCCAUCUCAUCUGCAAUGACACCAGCGCUGCUCUCAUGGUCUCCCACAUCAUUCAAUCUGAGAUUGGAGAUUUCGAUGAGACACAGAGCUGGCAGCACCUUCUCCACAAUAAGUACCUGCCAGACCAGGAUGCCAUCAGAGAUAAGAUCACUGAAUGCCACCGCAAGCAUGUCGGGCAGACUCCAGCAGAAUCGGACUACCAGCUGCUGGAAAUCGCUCGGCGACUUGAGAUGUAUGGCGUUCGUCUGCACCCAGCGAAGGACAGAGAGGGAACUAAACUCAGCCUGGCUGUGGCACACACUGGAGUGCUGGUUUUUCAGGGCUACACAAAGAUAAACGCCUUUAACUGGUCAAAGAUUCGCAAGCUGAGCUUUAAAAGGAAAAGAUUCCUAAUUAAACUACGAGCUGACCCCACACAGAACGCCCACCACGACACACUGGAGUUUGCCAUGGCCAGCAGGGACUGCUGCAAGGUUUUCUGGAAAAUCUGUGUAGAAUAUCAUGCCUUCUUCAGACUUUUUGAGGAGCCCAAGCCGAAACCCAAGCCCAUCCUCUUCACCAGAGGAUCUUCAUUCCGGUUCAGUGGCCGAACCCAGAAGCAGAUCAUCGACUAUGUGAAAGACUCUGAGGUCAAGAAAGUUCCUUUUGAGAGGAAGCACAGUAAGAUUCUGUCCAACAGCAGCAUGACUUCUCAGUCUUCAUCCUCCAAAACACAAGUGCCAAAAGAGAGUGCCAUGUCAGUUCCAUUAAUGGAUCAGACCGACUCAGCCAGACUUAGUCAGGAGACUAAAUCAUAUGGUUCAGAGGUGCAACCGUCCAUCGCUCCCCCCACCAAUGGGUUUCCUGACAUGUCCGGCUCAGACCUACUCAAGCAGAACCAGCAUGGGACAGGAUCAGCACCAGACCAGCAUCUCCUCAACCCAGGUCCAACCUGCAGGGCAAACAAAGGCAGCAGCUCCUCUAUUCCUUACAUAGACUGCAGCGACAUAGAUAGUGAAUGUGACGUGACAAAGGGCAGCAGGGCUCCCAGGGGCCACAGCAAUGCAAAUGACAGCAAUGAGGAUGAGUCGUAUAGGCACGGGGGCAGUGUGGGUCGCAGUGGGGGGCAGGCUGGCAGUCUUUUUGGGGCUGUGAAUGGCUUCUACCACACCAAUCACCUUGGGGUGAUGCAGCAGGGUGUUGUGGGGAACAGAAAUGCUGUAGAUCAAUCGCAAGUGGCCAACAAGUUUAAUAUGAGUCAUGAGCUAACAAAUGACGAAACCCUGUCAAAUGGAGGCUCCUUUCAUGCGCGGCUCCCACUCCACAGCACGCUGUUGGGUGAAGUCUUUCAGAGUCGCGACAAGCAAGGUGCAGCAGGCGGCCGACUGCUGGGCACUGGGACUCGCAGCCAGUGUUCCAGCCCAGUGAUCAGCAGCUUCCACCCACGUACAAACUCCUUCAGUCAUGCUGAGAUGACAAACGGUCACAGCUACCAGCGUACGGCCUUGCGGUGGGAUGACGGUGGACAUUAUUUCAGCAAACGUCCUGGGGCAGUCCCAGCAGAAACUACUGCUGUCCCUCCGUCUUCCCACCCACCAAACCACUAUGGCAGCUACUCCCCAAUCACCUCAAACCGAACACCGACGCAUUUGGCCAAACCAUUUAACAACAAUAACAUGAGGAAUCGCUCUGACACUGAUCCGUUCAUCCUUAGCCAGUUGACAUCCACUCCCAUCCACCAUCAACCCUCCCAUCGAGUUGGGUUGAAUGGCCAGGCCCCUUGUUCAGCCCCAAUGGAGAGGAGAAUGAUUUUAACAAAUGGCAACCAUGUGAGCCUCGUAGCUCCAAAUCAGGCCCGUUCCAACACUACGCAGCGGCUGUUUGGCCGUCAGGGAAAGCCAAACAACAACCAUAACAAUCUAAAUCAGCCGGUCCAAAUGGUUGAUGGGUCGACCAGCAGCGGAACCGACACCAGCGACACGGAGUCAGACACCGGCAGCAGCGCGUACAGCCAGCCGCUCAUGUACGGCAACCCGGCUGCCGUCAACUCCAUGAAUUCAGUCAACUCGAACGCCGUAAACACGUCCCCACUAACAUGCGGAAAACUGUCCUUUGGACGUCUGCAGUUGGAGGACGGGGAUAAUUGCGAGGAUCAGGGAGAGGAACGGUGUUACCGUUUCAAGGAGGAAGAUAUAGGAGAAAGUCCCAGUUCAGAGAAAUCUCCGCUGGGAAGUCCCCAUGUAGUUGUCAAUGGCAAUGGCUCUGUAAACGGUCAGGGAACGGGUGGUGCCAGCAUCCAGGGUGUGGAACAGAUUCCUGAGGGACAGCAGUUUUCACCGUUAACCAGCCCACUGCUCACUGAGGCUGGAUACAUCCGCCAUGACGAUGAAGAUGAGGCAAGGCGGAAGAAGUUUCCCACAGACAAAGCUUAUUUCAUAGCCAAGGAACUGUUGACAACAGAGCGGACUUACCUCAAAGAUCUGCAGGUCAUCACAGAGUACUUACAGGGUGUUGCAGCGAAAGACGGGGCAUUUCCAGAGUCCGUAAAGAAUCUGCUCUCCACCCACUAUGAUCCGGUCUACAGGUUUCACCAGGGAUUCCUCAAAGAGACAGAACAGCGGCUGGCACAGUGGGAGGGCCGUUCCAAUGCUCACAUUAAAGGAGACUAUCAACGAAUCGGUGAUAUUUUACUUAAGAACAUUCAAGGCCUGAGGCAGUUGACAAUUCAUCUCCAGAAGCAUUCAGAGUGCCUGGUGGAACUGGAACGGGCUUCUAGAUCAAAUCAGAAAGUGGAAGCUCUGUGUCGAGACUUUGAGCAGCAAAGAGUUUGCUACCUGCCCCUCUACAUCUUCCUCCUCAGGCCUCUGCACCGCCUGCUGCACUAUAAACUUAUCCUGGAGAGGUUCUGUAAGCAUUACCCCCCCACCCAUGAGGAUUUCAGAGACUGCCGAGCCGCCUUGGCAGACAUCUCUGAAAUGGUUCUGCAGCUUCAGGGCACCAUGAUGAAGAUGGAGAACUUCCAGAAGCUUCUGGAGCUGAGGAAAGAUUUGACCGGCAUCGACAACCUGGUCAUCCCUGGAAGGGAGUUCAUCAGGCUUGGAUGCCUCAGCAAACUGUCUGGGAAAGGUCUUCAGCAGAGAAUGUUCUUCCUGUUCAGUGAUUCACUGGUGUAUACAAGUCGAGGGAUGACUCCAUCCAACCAGUUUAAGGUUCAUGGACAGCUGCCUCUUUAUGGCAUGACGAUCCGAGAAAGUGAAGAGGAGUGGGGAGUCCCUCACUCUUUCACAUUGUUUGGGCAGCGUCAGUCUAUGGUGGUGGCAGCCAGCUGUGCUUCAGAGAUGGAGCUGUGGGUGGAGGACAUCAGGAUGGCCAUUGACCUGGCAGAGCAGAGCAGCAGCUCAAAUGGUAACCAGCUCUCCACCAGUCCAACUGACAACAAGCUGCCAGAGGACGGUGGAGUCGAGCUGGAGUCGGAGGAGGAGCUCUGCGGCUCACGCUCAUCUCUAGAGCGUCAGGGUCACCGUGGUAACACCACGGUGCACGUCUGCUGGCAUCGCAACACAAGCGUGUCCAUGGUGGAUUUUAGCAUAGCCGUGGAGAACCAGCUCUCAGGUAACCUGCUGAGGAAGUUCAAGAACAGCAAUGGCUGGCAAAAACUCUGGGUGGUCUUCACCAACUUCAGUCUCUUCUUCUACAAAUCCCACCAGGAUGAAUACCCUCUGGCCAGUCUCCCACUUCUGGGCUACUCUAUCACAGUCCCAGGAGAGUCGGAGAAUAUACACAAAGAUUAUGUCUUCAAACUUCACUUUAAAUCCCACGUUUACUACUUCAGAUCAGAAAGCGAGUACACCUUUGAUAGGUGGAUGGAAGUAAUCCGCAGUGCGACCUGCUCUGCCAGCCGCUCCCUGCAGAGCACCAGGAAAGAUCUUUACUAA